AUGAGCAAGUAUCAAGAGAAACGAGUUAAAAUAUAUGACACCAGAGUUGAAAAUAGUGAAAUGAAGAACGCAAUACCUGAUGAGGAAAUAACUCCAAAUAUGCCAACAAGGACAAACUUAGAACACAAACUAAAUUCAGACACACAGUUGGAACCUUCUGGAAAACCUAUGGACAAAUCAUGUGAGCGACAUAAUUCGGAACACAAGAAGAAUUCAAAUAAUGAAGGCUUAGCACAACUUGAGGAAAAACAUAGACAACAAGAGCCAUGA